CGUUCCCUUGCAGAUGAUGGUCAACGCUCCGGUCUUUGCUGGCAACCCUUCCCUUCAGGAGCAGCUGCGCCUUCAGCUGCCUGCCUUCCUGCAGCAGAUGCAGAACCCCGACUCGCUCUCGGUCCUGACGAACCCUCGGGCCAUGCAGGCUUUGCUGCAGAUCCAGCAGGGGCUCCAGCUGCUGCAGACGGAGGCCCCAGGCCUCAUGCCCAGCCUGGGAUCUCUUGGGGCCCCUCAGCCCCCCCCCCCCCCCCCCCCCGGCGGCACCCCAGUCCUGGAGCCCCCCUUGCCCAGCAGCUUGGCCCCUGCCAGCACCGCCCCAGCUGGGGACAGCAACCCCUCCCAGCAGCUCAUGCAGCACAUGGUGCAGCUCCUGGCCAGCGCCAACUCUCAGGUAGGCAGUGGCGGAG